CAGCAGCAGCAGCAGCAGCAGCAACAGAGACCAAAUCGCAGAGGAGUUCGACGAUGAGCUCGCCAGAAUCCGAUACGACGGCCGCGUAUAGUUGCCGGUGUGCGCAGUUUGUGGUUGCGGUGGCGCCUUCUGUUGGACAUCUUCCCCGUCGGCAGGCAGAUCUAUCGGGAUUGGAGAGCAUCAUUGUCGCAAAGGACAAGUGUGAGUUGGUAAUAAAGGGAGACAGGGAUGCGUAUUCCACGAAUCUGAAGAGGGAAGAUGGAACUGAAGAGCAGUGGUUUAUUUACAGAUGCCCGCGAUGCAACUUGCCGUUUGCGUAUGAUCUGGCCAAGAGUGAUGCGCCGUAUACGUAUCUGCUAGAGUCUGCGUUGAACAAGAUCAGCUAGGGAUGUGUCGAGGUCGAGCAAUACCAGAAGAUACGGUGCUCAACAAUGCCAGAUAGACGAUGUCGAGAGUGGUCUUGAUAACGAGUAAAUGCAUGAUGCAAUGUGAUGAGGUGACAGAUAUGAGAUGGCAAAGUUCUAGAGGCGGGCGGCGAGAAAGACACAUCGAUGAACUACACCGGAUCUGUAUACAACAACUAAUGUAUUAUCAUCAAUAAAUGUACAAUAGACCAAUAAAUCAAUCAUAAUGAACAACUACAAAGAC